AUGGUCCGAGUCUCCGCUGUGACCUUCGUACUACUUUCCGUUCUUUCAUGGACUCCUACAUCGACUUCUACUCGCACUGGUGUUGUGUGUGCCAAAGUUGGUAGUGUGAUCUCGGCUGCAACACGGUUGUGUAUCUGUGAACCAUGUCACGUGUGUGAGUUCAAGAAAAAAUCGUUGUCUUGCGGCUACAUCGAGCGUCAAGGCCUCGAUAUAUCGGAUGGAUCGAACCUUAAAGUUGACCAGCCUUUGCUCGCACCGACAGAUUGGUUCCUUACAGAAGCCGAGAUAACCGCGUCUCGUGGUGGUUCACCUCGAAGCGACUUGGCCACUUACUCGACGGGAAAUGACGUGAAAACUUACACGUUCACUAAAGAAUUCUUCGAUGCCGCUUUCGCCGAUCUCUCAUCUUCCAAGACGGGAGAUCGAGUGAUGUUGACAGGAUGGGGUACCGACCUAAUUCCUUUCCAACCAGACGUCGACGGCGGCAAGAAGUCCCAAUUGCACGACGUGGUUUCCGGCGUGAUACAACGAGGAGGCAGUUUUCACGCACUAGUAUGGGCCAAUCUGUUGGAUAAAUCCCAGAAUAUCAAGGUACGCGACGACAUUAACGCCAUUCCAGUAUCACCGACCGGCGAGAAGCCUCUUUUCAUCUUCGAUGAUCGCACACGAGUUGUUACAUCUUCCCACCACCAGAAGAAUUUGAUCAUCGCAGCUAACACUUCCACUGGAGUUGACGAACACCCUGUGGCUUUUGUUGGCGGUGUUGACAUCACAUCGGAUCGCUGGGAUACCAUCUACCACAACGAGUCCGCUCUUCGUGAAGCUACAGGCGUAAGUGGAUCCUACAAAGGCUGGCUGGAUGGUCAUGUUCGAAUCCACGGUCCUGCUGCGAAAGAUGUGGCCGCUAACUUCCUCGCUCGCUGGAACUCUGACUACAAACCGACGCAGAGUCUCGCCCAUGAUCUACUGGACUUCGAGAACCCGUCCUACUCCGACUUACCGCCUCUGAACUAUGCGAGUAGCAAGACUAGCUCGAGUCUAGGGCGGCAGAACGUGCAGAUCGUCCGUACGUUCAGUUGUCAGUACAAACACUACAAUGAGUUCGCACCGCGCGGUGAGAACUCACUGUUCCAAGCACGUAUCAAGGCGCUGAAGAACGCCAAGAACUUCAUCUACAUUGAGGAUCAGUAUUUCAUCCUCGUACCGGAGUUGCUUAACGCACUUUUGGAAGUGAUGCCGACAAUCCAGCGCCUCAUUGUGGUGGUACAGUGUCCUGUUGGAGAAUCGAAAGCCACCGGAUACGACAAGUAUCUGUUCGAUAUGAUUGCCCCCAUCCAGAAACUUUACCCCAACAAACUUCAGAUUUACUCGACCAAAAAAGAGUUAAGUCUCUACAUCCACUCGAAGGUUGUGAUUAUCGACGACGUGUACCUGUCGGUUGGUUCAGCGAACUGGAAUCGACGUAGCAUGACCUCGGACUCCGAGUUGGCUGCCAAUAUCAUCGACAGUGAGACUGUGAAUUCUCCCGAUGGAAUCACGGUGCUAAAAGCUGCACGAGACUUCCGUAUCCGCAAAUUCCGGGAGAUGACAGGGCUGAGUUACGAGAAGUUGAACGCCAUGACGUUCAUCGAGGCCGCGAACCAGUUUGAUGUGGCUGCUGCAAGUAAAUCGAGCAUUAUCGAAGCGUACCAAGUCAAGGAACAGGCGUAUUUUACUGCGUUUACCGAUGUUGUUCGGAAGACAAUCGACCCACAGGAUACCUGCACGUAGCCGUGCCAUGAUGCCAAGUUGUAUACACUAACUAGACCGACUCCAUUUUUGCCUUGCAACAGUUCAUCAUGUACUGUCGCUUGAAUACAUUUACUGCAUUC